AAUAUAACAAACAUGUUUCCCUUUCAUUACACUUUUUUAAGUUAAUUUAUAAAUAAAGUGCACACAAUUGUUUGAGAAACAAAGUAAAUAACAUGUUUAAAUAAUAAAGUACUUUUAAUCUUUGGCUUUUUACCCCCAAAGGGCCACUGUCAUACAUCGAAGUUUGCAGUGUUUUUAUUCACCGAGGUGAAAAAUCUCACGAUGGUCAACUUCUUUUCGCUGGCUGCAACAGCGUCUGCGUGCUUACGAUUGGCGCUGCUGAACAAUGUGUGAAAACUAGGUGUAUGGGAAAUAAAUAGUUCUUCUUUAUUAUACAAUUGUUAGCUGCAUUAGUAAAUAAAUAAAAUCUGUAGUAAAAACACAUUAGAACCUCAGUAUCGGAAGUAUAGAUAAUUCAGGAUCAAUCCGCCAACCCCUACCUAACACUCUGCGAAUUUUCAAGACAUUUAACUUAUUUUCUUUGCCCCCUCCUCCCCCACCCACUUCAUCCUUGAUUUCUGAGGACUUCGCUAACUUUUCCACUGAAAAAACAUCAGCAAACAAUUUUCAGCACCUUGACCUCGGUACACAUUCCCCUCACUUCAAACAUUGAACUCUCCUCUUUUACCCCACUAAAUGACACUGAAGUCACCAGACUUCUCUCAAGCCACCUGUUCCCUAAACCCAAUCCCCUCCCAUCUUCUUCAGGCAAUAUCCAGCACACUCACACCAGAACUCACACACAUCAUUAACACCUCCCUGUUCAAUGGCACUUUUCCAUCCACAUUUAAACAGGCCCAGGUCACGUCCCUACUUAAGAAACCCACAAUCGGACCCCUCUACUACCGACAGUAACUCUCGGUAGUUCACUCCUCCCAUUUAUUGCGAAAACUCUUGAAAGGGCAGUUUUCAACCAGUUGUCUUCCUUCCUAUCCCACAAUAAAUUAUUUGGUUACAAGCUGUCCGGCUUCCAAACAAACCACUCCACUCAGACCGCACUGCUAUCAGUAACAGAAGCACUGCUGCUAGCCAAGGCAAAAUCUUAAUACUCUGGCCUGAUUCUUCUAGACUUAUCAGCAGCAUUCGACACUCGGGUACUGCUAGCAACCCUCUCAUCUCAAGGAUCCAUCCUUUUCUCCAGAUACACAACAUCCUUGGGAGCAAUCAUACGGACACACGGCUUCUCCUAUCAUUGUUAUGCUGACGACAACCAGAUUUACAUCUUAUUUGCACCAGACAAAAGCACUGCAGCAGGUUACACCCUACCUAGAUGACAUAUCAGCUUGGAUGAAAGAGUAUCACCUCCACCUGAACCCUGCCAGGACAGAACUACUUGAAUUUCCACCACACCCCAGGGUGCAACACGAUCUUACCAUCCAAUUUAGCAAUACUACAAUCACUCCUUCCAAAACAGCCAGGAACCCAGGAGUCAAAUUUAAUGACCUGCUGUCCGUCAAUGAUCACGAUUUGCCUUAUUAAACAUUAGAAAGGUUAGACCCUAUCUCACUGAGCAUGCGGCACAACUCCUUGUCUAGGCCAAUGUAAUCUCAAUGUUGGACAACUGCAAUGCUCUCCUUGAUGGUUUUAAUAACAUUAAAGGUUAUAUGUACACAUUGUUUAUAUUGAACACAUAUAUAAUUAACAAAGCUUAUAUUGAAAAAAAAAAAAAAGAUUUCCUGUGUUCACAGUAAACAGACUCUGUUUGAAAAUCUGUUGGUGUGUUGGCACACUUUUCUAGGAGUAAAAUGAUUAAAUCCAGAAUUUUUUCUCCUCAUGUUUGUGGUCUCUCACCAUUUAAAAUUCUUAAAAAAUCUUUUGGUGUGGCCCCAGCAUAAGGUUAAAAAAUCCCAUCAACCCCUUAAAAGAAAGUGUUACUGUGACUCUAACUAAGGAAUAGACAUAAAUCUUACACUACAACAGUUUUGCUAUGGAUGAUUUCUGCUGCACAUGGACAUGGCUAUUCUGUCACAUCUAUAGGGCCACCAUGUGGCAGCAGGAAGUAUGUCACAUAGUUUGAAACAAUGCAACAAACCCACUGUUUUUUGACUAGCUGAAUCUGUUCUAACUAUUUAGCUUGUUGUCACCAAUACAUAGGUGGGGGCCAGAGGCUGACUACAAAUAUGGAGAUUUGUGGGUGUGCCACUUGGCCACUUGAGACAGAGAAUACCCAGCAUCAAUAUAGGAUUACACUGACAUCCCAAACUCUCCAUAGUCAUCUUUUACGAUAAUAUAUUGUUUCUUACUUCUGCUUCAUGUCAUUUGAAAAUGCAUACAAGUCAUACUUAAAAAUGUGUUUUAUUUCAGCUCAUGAGAGUCUCCAUGAAUUAAGGAUGAGCUGCCCUGGCGAGAUACUGAAAACCAGUAGAGCCCAUUUCAGUUCUUUGUUGACACACCUUUAAGGUGGUACCAAGAAAUUAAAAUUCAAAAGGGGACCAACAUGGGGGCAACAUCAUACGAGUGGCAUUCUUUAUGCUUACUGUUUUGCGAGUGAGGCAACAGUGUCUGAGAAAGAAAAAACAUAAUACAGGAGAUGCAUCAUGCUCGCUUCUCAGUCUGUCGCACAAUGGUCCCGGCGAGACUUUUAAACCAACGUAAAGCAAUGAUGUAUUCAUUUUUUGUACUCAUUGUGUGCAUUGUAUUUUAUUUUGUCAUAUGUUUGGGAGCUUAUUUUGUGGACUCUGAAAAGCUGUUGCCUGGCGGGCCUGUAAAAAAAGAACUCAGGACAUUUUUAAACAAGACAGAAUCAUCCAGAGCAAAUGAACUACCCCAGAUCAUCACUAAAACAGAUAACCAACACCCAGUUAAAAAACAUCGGGGUCGUGUUAACAUGCACAUUUUCGAAGACUGUUGUGGUGGAACGCUUCACAAACUUAGGAGUAACAUGCUGUAUCCAUUAUUUCCCAAUGUACGCACAACAGUAAGUAGACUUUCUAUAUCCCCGCAAUGGAAAAAUUAUGGAUUGAGAACAUUUGGCUAUAUUCACCCUUCGGUGACAGGGGAAUAUAUUUUUGCUGUUGGCUCUGAUGAUAAUUCAGAGUUCUGGCUCAGUUUAAACGAGAGUCCCAAAAACCUUGAACGUCUCGCCUAUGUGGGUGAGGUAGGAGAUGAAUGGUCUGCUCCAGGCGAGUAUUGGAAGUUUGCAUCCCAGAUAUCCAAACCUGUCUUAUUGGUGAAAGAUAUGAAGUAUUUUUUUGAAGCCCUUUUAAAGCAGAGUGAAGGAAUGGAUCAUCUUCAAAUAGCGUGGCGUUUAAACCAGGAAAGCAGUAGUUUCGAAGUGAUAACCUCCGAGUUUUUAUCAUUGUAUCAAGAUGAAUCAUCUCUACUAAUGGGAGACAUUGAUCACAUACCUCAAACAGAAGCCAGUUACGAUCGAUUCCUUGAGUCCAUCCCCACGUCACCUAAUCCUGUAGGAGACAUGGUCAGAGAAGAUCUCCGAGAUCAUAUCUUUAAAAUUCCAUUGAUUGACAAAUCUUACUUGAAAGACUUGUUUCCUGAAUGCGAUUAUAAACCAAGUUACAUAAUUGGAACAAGGAUUGGACGAUAUCAAGGUGUAAAUUUAAUACACUUCUCUUCAGUAUAUCCAAAUGACUACACAAGGCAAACUUAUGCUCAUGAUGAACAUUUGUGCUUCUACAAACAGGAUACAUCAUUUGAGGAAAGUAAAGGGUUUGCUGGUUAUCUGAAGGAGGUUGUGGAUCCUGAUGUACAAAGAAACAACAAACAAGGUCCUAACUGGCAACGUGUUUAUGACGUGAAUCCAUUGGAUGCUGGUUCAAAGCAAAGUUCACUUGCAGUCAAUUCAUGCAAAAGAGCUGGAAACAUUGUGAUGAGCCAAAACCAAGCCAUGCCCAUUGUUAAAGCUUUUAUGACAGCACUGCAUUCAAAAGACACAACACGUGGCUACUCCUUGCUACGGGUGUUGAAUGUGGUAAGGCGGCAAGACAAUGGCAAAGGCAGCCGCUAUCUGGUGGAACUGGAACUUGUUGGCUCACAAGGUCAAAAAGUUCUUGUUUCAAGUUACGUUUAUGCAAAACAGACGGAAACGCCUCAGCAAUUACCAGUUCUCUGCAGUCCAAAACAAUUUAACUGGAACCCGUCUGCACCUGUUCAUGUCAUUGUGGCAGUGAAAAAUCAAGCAAGAUGGGUCGUUCAGUUUAUCAGGGAAAUGGAAAAAAUAUACAGAGUAACUGGGGAUAAAAACUUCAAUGUGAUCAUUAUCGACUAUAAUAGCUCUGACAUGGAUAUUGAGAAAAGAUUAAAAAAUGGCAAAUUACCAAGUUACACAUUUAAGAAGAUGGAAGGUAAUUUUCAAAGGUCUGGAGGCCUUCAAGCUGGAAUAAAUCUUGUUGAAGAUGCACACAGCAUUUUGUUCCUGACCGACCUGCACCUUUACCAUCCUUUAAAUUUAUUAAACAGUAUACGUAAGCACUGUGUCGAAGGAAAGAUGGUCUAUGCUCCUGUUGUGAUGAGGCUGGAUUGUGGUGCUUCCCCAAGUGCCCCAAGUGGAUUUUGGGAGACUGCUGGUUAUGGUCUAAUGGCAAUCUACAAAUCAGAUAUUGACCGUAUUGGUGGUAUGAACACAGCAGAAUUUAAAGACAAAUGGGGAGGUGAAGACUGGGAAUUGUUAGACAGGGUCUUGGAAAAUGGAUUAGAGGUGGAGCGACUCCACGUAAGAAAUUUUUUGCAUCAUUUCCACUCCAAACGUGGAAUGUGGGGCAACUCUGCAUAAUACACUGUUGGAUCUUCGGGGAAUCGCUGUAAAUCGCUGUCUGCCUGCUACAAAAACAAGCACAAUGUUUUAUUCUUUAUAACUUGUAUGAAUGUGCCAGUGGCCUGUGAAGGAAACUGAAUAAGUGAAGUUCUUUGUUUAAGAUGUUUUUUUAUGUUAAAAUUAAUAUCAUACAAAUUAUAUUUAUUCAGAGUGUAUUUAUUCUGUAAACUGCACGGUUGAUAAACUCCUUGUUUCCACUCAUGGUUAAAUACUUUGUAUGGGUGUGUUUGUAGGUGUACGGCAUGCGUGUUUGUAUAUCUCAGUAUUUUGUACAUGUGAAAUAUUUUUUAAUAUGUUGUUGUUACUUAUAUGAAUAUUUUCUUGAUAGUUUACCACACAGAGACAUAUAAAGCUUGUGUUUACCACA